GACUCUAAUGAGAACAGUAAAUACGAAAAAAAGAAGAAGCACUUAAACGUGUAGCACGAAUCCAAUUUCUUGUUCCAUUUUCGCCCAAUUUAGGUUUGGAUUUCUGAAUUUUGAUCAAAAUUCGAAGAAAUGAGCUUCCAAGAUCUACAUGCCGGUCGAUCAUCGGGUCCUCGUCGGAGCAAUGUCAACGGGAAGCAAGACCCGACCCAAGCUAUGGCCUCUGGAAUUUUCCAGAUCAACACCGCCGUUUCCACUUUUCAGAGGCUGGUUAACACCCUAGGUACCCCUAAGGAUACCCCGGAGCUACGUGACAAGUUGCACAAGACAAGACUACAUAUUGGGCAAUUAGUGAAAGAUACUUCUGCUAAACUUAAGCAAGCCAGCGAAACAGAUCAUCGAAUUGAAGUCAGUGCUAGCAAGAAAAUUACAGAUGCUAAGCUUGCUAAAGAUUUUCAAGCUGUAUUGAAGGAGUUUCAAAAAGCUCAGAGGCUUGCAGCUGAGAGGGAGACGUCAUAUUCACCUGUUGUUCCCCCAGCAGUUCUUCCUUCUAGUUACACGGACAGUGAGAUAGAUGCCUCUUCAGAUAAAGGUCAAGAGCAGCGAGCUCUACUUGUGGAAUCUAGAAGACAAGAGGUUGUUCUUUUGGACAAUGAGAUUUCCUUUAAUGAAGCUAUUAUAGAGGAAAGGGACCAGGGAAUACAAGAAGUACAACAACAGAUAGGUGAAGUGAAUGAGAUAUUCAAGGAUCUUGCCGUGCUUGUUCACGAGCAAGGAACCAUGAUCGAUGAUAUUGGUUCCAACAUUGAGAACUCUCAUGCUGCAACUGCACAAGGGAGAACACAACUUGCUAAAGCUGCAAAGACCCAAAGAUCAAAUUCAUCUCUGACCUGCUUACUCAUGGUGAUUUUUGGAGUUGUGCUCCUUAUUGUUAUCAUAGUACUUGCAGCUUGAUUUGAAGAUUUCGAGAUAUAGAGAAGGAUCCUAAACUCUAUUAGAAACAACCUCUCUACCCCACAAAGGUAAAAGGUAAGGUCCGCGUACAUUCUAGGCCAAGGAUAAAGUCAGCAUACAUCUUUACCUUCUCCAAACCCCACUUGUAGGAUUACAUUGCGUAUGUUUUUGCUCUAGAGCAUCAUCCUAAACUAAGUAGGGAAGAUAUCUUUGUGACUCAAGUUGUUUGAAGGCUGUCCCUGGCCAGCAUAAAACUGUGCUGCCUUCGAAUCUUUGGUCGUACAAAAAAAAGGUAAGUUCUGUAUAGGGUUUGUUUUUAAUAUUGUAAAUUUGGUGUUUAGGUUGCUAGGUAUGUUGCUGCUUUGUAAUGACACUAAUAACAGGUUUGUCAAUAAGAAGUAAAGAGUAUUUUUUGUGAAA